CGAUAGCUCCCUCCCGGACGUUCGCAUCGAAGAAGCCGCCCGCUGUCGCCUUCCCCCAAAUGCCGUAUCCCCCUCGUCUCGACUCCUCAUACCGAGCAGCUGCGAUUCCUCGCCGCCGAUUCCUCUCCGAGCAGCAGCGAUGCUCCAGGAGGACCUCCACCAACCCCGCCGCCGCCGGUACAUCCUCGACUCCGUCGCCGCCGCCCACGCCACGGGCAGCGCGGACCUCCUCACCGCCAACCCUCCUCCUGAUCCAUCCAGCGCCAACUUCCACCGGCGCGACGGAAAGGCCCUCCCGGGCACCGCCGUGGGGAUCAUCUCCACGCCGCGGUUCGCGCUCCAGGGCGUGCUCCUCGUCCCGGACCUCGGGCCGGAGUCCGUCAUCGUCUCCGUGCGCCAGCUCGCGCGCCGGGGCCUCGCCGUGACCUUCGGGGGCGAGGCUUGCAGCGUCAAGGAGCGCGGCACAGGGGUCGUCGUCGGGGAAGGCCGGAUCCAGGAGGAAGACGGGCUCUACCACCUGGAUUUCCUCAGAAUCCCUCAAAUAAGCUGAUGGUGGCCGGGGAGGAAUUUCCUUCGGCACCAACAGGGACAUGGGGCAAGGUACAGCACUGAGCGCUGCACUGGAUCUCCUCCACCGCCAUUAUCAACAAGUUCAAGCUAUAUCCAAGAGAGCGGAGACUCUGAGAUGCUGUUCAUCCAGUGUCAUACAAAAAAAACCUUGAAAAAAAUGAAGGAAAAAAGAAGAAGAAAAAGAGAGGGUUGCUAUGGUAGUUAAUUAUGCUGUAAUUCGCUAUGUUAAUUAUGUAUGUUGCCUGUCAUGUGCAGUUCAUCCUUUUGUGAUUUUGUUGAAGGCUUUCUGGGGACAUCUCUGGACAUAGAUGCAGUUACCUUAUUGUCCAAUGUAUGUGUUGUGUUUUCAUGGUUUAAGAGCCUUGUGUUUGCCCUUGGUUCAUGCUGAA